UUAUCUCAAACAGAGUGAUUAAUAUAAAGAACACCCUCUAUCCUUUAUUUACAUAUCGCAUUUUCUCGAGACGACAUAACAGUAAACAUUUUGACAUCCACUCCCUGAAACGUGAAUGGAAGAGUCAGUCCAGGAAGUGGAACUGAUAUAUUUUCUCGCCGUGUUUAUUUUAGCAGUUAUCCGCUGAACUUUAAUCAACGCUUUCAAUUUAAUUGUGCAUCGGUAUAACCGUGUUUCAGAUCUUAAACGCUAAUACCUUUAUCUUACUGCUCGGGGCGUGUAUCCCUACUGAGAGCUUCUAGCUGUGCCAGUAGUAACACUGAAAUGUGAAUAUUUCAUACUUUUAUUACAAAAUGCAAUGUAAUUAUAUUAAAGGUUGCGAGUUACACAGCGGUACUGUCCCAGCAUUACCUCUAUAGCUCUCACUCUGCAUAGCAUUAGCACUUGGUACUGCGCUCUUCGUUAUUUCCAUGCGCAGUAGCACAGCGGUUGCGGCUGGUGGCACGGUGUCGGCGCGGAGCUCGCGGGAUGCUUGGCUGCUCACCUGCGCUUCUUUCGCCUGCGUCACGGCGCUUUACCUGCCCGGGGUGCAGCGGUCCGUGGCGGGCGGAGACUCAGGAGAGCUGAUCACUGCUGCCUGCGAGCUUGGGGUUGCUCACCCCCCCGGGUACCCCCUCUUCACUCUCCUCGCUCGUCUGGCUCUGGAUCUGCUUCCCUUCGGACUGCCAGCCUACCGCGUCAACCUUCUGAACGGGCUGCUGGGGGCGAUAGCGAGCGCCUCGCUGUGCUUCACUGUCUGCAGGCUCUCAGGCAGUGCAGUAGCUGGUGUCUUUGCUGCUGGUAGUUUUGCAGUGUCUCGGCUGGCUUGGCACUGGUCGAUGGCUGCUGAGGUUUUCUCUCUGAACAACGUGUUCAUCGGGCUGCUCCUGUGCCUCAGCGCCUGCUUCCACACCGCGGGUUCAGCCCAGCAGAGAGACAAGUUUGGUUGCUGGGGAGCGCUGUGCUGUGGUCUCAGUCUGUGUAAUCAGCACACCGUGGUCCUGUACGUGCUCUGCAUCGCCCCCUGGGUGCUGGGAGGACUCAGGACUCACAAGGAACUCUCUUUGCCUAUCGUGGGGCGGCUGGGGACUUGUUUCCUGGUCGGUUUCCUGCCCUACCUUUACCUGCCGCUCUCCUCCUUCCUGAACCGAGCGCGCUGGAGCUGGGGGGACCAGAGCAGCCUGGGGGGGCUCCUGAAGCACCUGCUCCGGAUCGAGUACGGGACCUUCAGCCUGGCCAAGUCGGAGACUGGGACAGGGAUGGCUCAAAUGUUGAGAGCCCAGCUGACUCACUGCCUGUCGGACCUCUCCGCUCCAGUUCUGGUUCUGUCCGGGGCCGCCCUGCUUCUGAACCCCUUAAACAGGAGUCGUGGCUCCUCCGUGCUGGUCUGGCUGUUGGCUGCGAUGGUGACCCUGUACUCUCUGUUCUUCGCGUGGAGAGCGAACCUGGAUAUCAGCAAGCCCCUGUUCCUGAGAGUGGUGGAGCGGUUCUGGGUGCAGGGCGACGCGGUGCUGUGUGUGCUGGCUGGACUGGGUCUGUCCUCGCUGUGCUGUGAGCUGGACAGACGGCUGGGCAGAGGGGGGGUGUGGAGGGCAGUGGGCUGGAUCUUCACAGCAGGAUUCAUCGCCAGCCAGGCUCACCGUCACUCCAGGCUGUUGGAUCAGAGUGAGAACUUCGUUGUGGACAGGUUUGCUCGGAACAUUCUGAACUCCAUUCCCAAUGGAUCCAUCGUCCUGACGAGAGGGGACCUGCCAGGGAACUCUCUGCGCUACCUGCACUACUGUGAGUGGCUGAGAGGGGACCUGAGCCUAGUGGAGCAGGAGAUGAUGACCUAUGAUUGGUACGUUUCCAAGCUGGGCCGGCACCUCCCUGGAGUCCGGUUCCCGGGGAGGCUGUGGGACCUGGUGCUGUCAGACCAAACCUUCAACCUGCAGAGGUUCCUGUCGGAGAACGCAGGGAGGGAGGUCUUCGCUUGCAUCGGGCUGCCUGAGGGGGACCGGUCCUGGGAGAGGGGCUUCUCUCUGUGGCCCUGGGGGGUCUGUGAGAAGCUGGUCCCCUCUGGAACCCCCUUCUACCCUGCGGAGUGGGUCAGACUGACCCGGAAUAUGUACAACUGGACUGAGCCUUACAACAGCUUCCAGCCGGGAUCCUGGGAGGAGGUAGCCAAUGAAGAAAUGUGGCAGUCCAGGAUGAAGACUGCGUUCUUCCUGUUUGACCUGGCGGAGAAGCAGAGCGGCAGUGCGGAGGUACAGGUGCAGCUCUACCAGCUCUCUUACACUGUCUACCAGGAGCUGGUGGGCAGGGAGGGAGAGGUGGAGGGGGAGAGGCAUCCCGCGAACUGGCACAAGAACCUGGCUCUGGCGAGCGAGAGGCUGCUGCGUGCGGGCGGGGGGGGCGUGGACUCCGAGCGGCUCCUAUCCUCCAGCCAGCUCCACUUCAGCCUGUACCUGCAGAGGGAGCCAGGAGACCCCCAGGCUGAGGCCAUCCGCCAGGCCGUGCAUCAACUGGCCAGGGAGAGAGAGAGGCUUCAGCAGCAGUAGACUGGAGGACACAGAGACACAGAGACACCAAGGAGUUCAAUGUUCUUCUGCACUGCUGGGGUUACCCCUUCCUUUACAGUGAUCCUCUGUACACCUGUUACUUAGUUACUUAGUUAGUUUUUUUGUUGCCAUUGGCAGUUCUGUUCUGUUGCCAAAAAUGUUCCUCUCCAUUCAAGACUUCGAAGUUUAACCCGGAUCAGUUCUGCGUUUUUAUAAAUGAAUAAAUGAGAUGCUCACAGAGCCGUUGUCUUUUC